GCUCCCGCCGCCCCGCGCGGACCCACCGGGCCGGACCCACCGGGCCGGACCGGCGCCGCCGCCAGGAGCCCCGGAGCGGGACGGGCCGGCACCGGGCAUGGUCCUGCCGCGGAGCUGAGCUCCGCUGCCCGCAGGCUGGGAAGGUGAAACGAAAGCUGCUGCAAGGUCCACAAGUGAAGACAGAGGGAUUCCUGGGGCGGAUCCAGCCAGGACCAGCAUCCCAGCAAGAUGGAGAAGGAGGAGGAGACCCGGGAGAUCCUGCUCCCCAACUGGCAGGGCAGCGGCUCCCACGGCAUCACCAUCGACCAGACGGAUGACGGGGUCUUUGUCAAGCGAGUGCAGCAAAACUCCCCGGCUGCCAAGAUGGGCGUCGUGAAGGAAGGGGAUCAGAUCGUGAGCGCCACGGUCUAUUUUGACAACCUGCAAUCCGGGGAAGUCACGCAGCUGCUCAACAGCAUGGGCCACCACACGGUGGGCUUGCGCUUGCAACGGAAAGGGGACAAGUCUCCGCUGCCGGGACAGUCAUGGUCACACGACGUGUUUGCGGCCAGCAGCCCAGAAGUCGUUCUGAGUGGAGAUGACGAGGAGUACAGGAGGAUUUACACAACGAAAAUCAAACCCCGGCUGAAGUCGGAGGAGGCGGUGGAAGCGGAGUGCGGCGGAACGCAGAGCAGGACCAUCACGGUCACCAGAAAAGUGACGGCAUACACCGUCGACGUCACUAGGCAUGACGGAGCAAAAGAUGUUGACGUCGUCGGCCCAGACUUUAAAAUCCGGAUCCCGACCCAGGAGAUCACCCACGUGAUGAAGACCGACGUGGAAACGGAGCCUGGGAAAACCGUGAUCAAAAUGGCACCGGGGGAUCUGCCUGGGAGAAGCACCCAAGCCACAGACUGGAGCAUGGACAUCAGAGGAGCACCUCCUGGACCAACGGUUGAAUCGUCUGCCCAGAAGCUGGAUGUCCACCUCGGCGAGGCUCAGUUCGGGAAGCCCGGGAUAACCGUGUCGGGAACGCAAAUGAUGGGUGUUCACCUGAGGACUCAGACGGACCCUACACUGCCGGGGAGCCAAGUUCCUGCUGGGGAAACUGGAAAAUCUGUUACAGUGGAGAUGCCGGGACGUAACGUUUCCGGCACGGCGUUCCUGGGCCCCCAGGGCAGCUCGCCCAGAAUCGAAGCCAAUGGACAGAUGGGAAACCUGGACGCAGGUUUUCACAUCAAGGGUCCCAGGUUGGAUGGCAAAGGGCACGUUUCUGGCAUGGAUGUCCAAGGGGAGCUGCGGGGGGGGAUGCUGUCACACGCCGAUGCUUCUGCCCCUUGUCUUCAGGGAGAUAUCAAAGGCCCCGGAGUUGACGUUUCUUUACCAGCGAUGGAAAAUCCAGCUGUUGAUGUGGGAAAAAUCAAGAUUCCCGUUUUGAAAAUGCCCAGAUUUGGGUUCCAGACCGCAGGAUCUGGCAUCGAAGCUCAAGCCCCGCAGGUGGGCACCGACGUGCCCAUGCCGAAGCUGCAGGCUCCCUGCGUAGACGUUGCCUCCUCAUCUGUCCACAUCACAGGACCUGAAGUUUCAGCUCCUUCAGUUAAAUUCUCAAAGCCGCAGGUGGACAUGGGGUUGAAGGGUGCUGUGAAGGUUCCCUCGCCAGGACUGGAGGUCCCCGGCGUGGCUAUCAAAGGACCCAGCGUGGAGCUCCCGGCUUCUGAUGCAGAUGUUCACGGUGGCAAGGGAAAACUCAAAAUCCCGCACAUGACCGUCCCAAAAUUUACUGCCUUGGACUCGCAAGGGGAAGGUCCCGUCAUGGAAAUGGUGCUCCCAAAGGGCGAGGUGGGACCAGCAGCAUCCAAGGUCAACGUCGGCAUUCCCGAUGUGGCCAUCAAAGGCGAAUGGAAAGGCCCCCAGUUCAAGAAGGUUGAAACGCCCCAAAUCUCUCUGUCAGAUGUAAACCUGAACCUGAGAGGCCCUCAGGUGAAGGGAGAUAUGGGUGUCGCGGUCCCCAGAGUGGAAGGGGAUGUCAAAGGAGUUGGCUCUAAGGGUCUCAAGAUGGACGUAAAGGCUCCUGAUGUUGAAUUUGAAAGUCCAGAAGGUUAUCUGAGAGGGCCCAGUAUAUCUGCCCCAGGUAUGGACAUUAAUGUGAAGGGACCUAAGCUUCAGGGAGAAGUGGAUGUUUCUAUCCCAAAGAUGGGUGGCAACCUGAAAGGACCUCAGCUUGACAUUAAAGGCCCCAAGGUGGGAAUGGACGUGCCUGGUGUAGAGGUCAAAGGCCCCAAAGUUACGAUGCCAGACGUACAUGUCAAGACCCCCCAGAUAUCCAUGCCUGACAUCGACUUGAACCUGAAAGGUCCCAGGGUGAAAGGAGACCUGGAUGUUUCUGCCCCAAAACUGGAAGGGGAGCUGAAAGCACCUGGGCUUGACAUCAAAGGCCCCAAGGUUGACAUUGAAGUGCCAGGCAUGGACAUCCACGGUCCGGAGGGCAAACUGAAGAUGCCUAAGCUGAAAAUGCCCAAGUUUGGGGUGCCCGGCCUGAAGGGAGAGGGCCCCGACCUUGACGUGACGCUUCCAAAGGGUGAGGUGGACAUUUCUGGUCCCAGGGUAGACAUUGAUGUGCCAAGUGUGGACAUCAAAGGGCCAGAAGGAAAACUGAAGGGCCCCAAGGUGAAGGUGCCUGAGAUGCACAUCACAGCUCCAAAGGUCUCUGUGCCAGAUGUAGACCUGAACCUGAAAGGCCCCAAGCUGAAGGGUGAUGUGGAUGUUUCCAUUCCCACGGUAGGAGCUGAUUUGAAGGGUCCUGAACUGGAGCUCAAAGGCCCCAAGGUUGACAUUGAAGCGCCAGAUGUGGACAUUCACGGUCCAGAGGGCAAACUGAAGAUGCCUAAGCUGAAAAUGCCCAAGUUUGGGGUGCCCGGCCUGAAGGGAGAGGGCCCCGACCUUGAUGUCACGCUUCCAAAGGGUAAAGUGGACAUUUCUGGUCCUAGCAUAGAUAUCGAUGUGCCAAGUGUGGACAUCAAAGGGCCAGAAGGAAAACUGCAAGGCCCCAAGGUUACGAUGCCCGAGAUGAGCUUCAAGACCCCCCAGAUAUCCAUGCCUGACAUCGACUUGAACCUGAAAGGUCCCAGGGUGAAAGGAGACCUGGAUGUUUCUGCCCCAAAACUGGAAGGGGAGCUGAAAGCACCUGGGCUUGACAUCAAAGGCCCCAAGGUUGACAUUGAAGUGCCAGGCAUGGACAUCCACGGUCCAGAGGGCAAACUGAAGAUGCCUAAGCUGAAAAUGCCCAAGUUUGGGGUGCCCGGCCUGAAGGGAGAGGGCCCCGACCUUGACGUGACGCUUCCAAAGGGUGAGGUGGACAUUUCUGGUCCCAGGGUAGACAUUGAUGUGCCAAGUGUGGACAUCAAAGGGCCAGAAGGAAAACUGAAGGGCCCCAAGGUGAAGGUGCCUGAGAUGCACAUCACAGCUCCAAAGGUCUCUGUGCCAGAUGUAGACCUGAACCUGAAAGGCCCCAAGCUGAAGGGUGAUGUGGAUGUUUCCAUUCCCACGGUAGGAGCUGAUUUGAAGGGUCCUGAACUGGAGCUCAAAGGCCCCAAGGUUGACAUUGAAGUGCCAGGCAUGGACGUCCACGGUCCGGAGGGCAAACUGAAGAUGCCUAAGCUGAAAAUGCCCAAGUUUGGGGUGCCCGGCCUGAAGGGAGAGGGCCCCGACCUUGACGUGACGCUUCCGAAGGGUGAGGUGGACAUUUCUGGUCCCAGGGUAGACAUUGAUGUGCCAAGUGUGGACAUUGAAGGGCCAGAAGGAAAAGGAAAAGGUCUCAAAUUUAAAAUGCCUGAACUAAACAUUCAGACGCCAAAACUGUCCAUGCCAGAUGUAGAUCUCAGUUUGAAGGCCCCCAAACUGAAAGGAGAUGCAGAUAUUUCUGGUCCAAAGACCUCUGUAGAUCUGAAGGGCCCCAAAAUAGAUGUGGAAGGUCCCAAAGUGGAUGUCGAUAUGCCUGAGGUAGACUUGGAAUGUCCAGAAGGGAAAAUAAAAGGCCCCAAAUUUAAGAUGCCUAAGCUUAAUAUCAAGGCACCUAAAAUAUCCAUGCCGGAUGUAGAUUUGAACUUAAAGGGACAUAAAAUGAAAGGAGAGAUGGAUGUUUCUCUUCCAAAGGUAGAAGGUGACUUGAAAGAAUCUGGUGUUAGUAUCAAGGGACCGAAAAUAGAUGUUGAGGUCCCAGAUGUCAACCUGGAGUGUCCAGAAGGCAACCUGAAAAUGCCCAAAAUGAAAUUGCCUCAUUUUAAUGUGUCUGGCCCAAAGUUUGAGGGAGCCGAUAUAGAUGUCAACCUGCCAAAAGGAGAGAUAGAUAUUUCUGGGCCAGAGGCAGAUAUUGAAGGGCCAGAGCUGGAUGUUGGAGGACCAGAAGGAAAAUGGAAAGGCCCCAAGUUCAGGAUGCCAAAGCUGAAUAUCAAAACACCUAAAAUAUCCAUGCCAGAUGUAGAUUUGAACCUAAAGGGACCUAAAGUGAAAGGAGAAAUGGACAUUGCAGCUCCUAAGAUAGAAGGUGAUUUGAAAGGGCCAGAAAUAGACAUUAAGGAGCCAAAACUAGAUGUUGAGGUACCAAAUAUUGAUUUGGAGUGCCCUGAAGGAAAACUGAAAGGCCCCAAAUUCAAGAUGCCCGAGAUGCACAUCAAAGCACCCAAGAUCUCCAUGCCUGAUGUGGACUUCAAUCUGAAAGGGCCCAGCAUGAAAGGGGAUAUUGAAGUCUCAGCUCCCAAGCUCGAGGGUGACCUGAAGGGUCCCGAGGUGGACAUCACGGGCCCCAAAGUCAACAUUGAAGCACCCGACGUGGACAUUCAGGGCCCAGAAGGAAAAUUCAAAAUGCCCAAGUUCAAAAUGCCCAAGUUUGGGAUGCCGGGGCUGAAAGCAGAGGGCCCAGAGGUGGACGUGAACCUGCCGACAGGAAGCCUGGAUGUUUCUGGUCCAAAGGUGGAUAUUGAAGGUCCGGAGGUGGACAUUGAAGGGCCAGAGGGAAAACUGAAAGGUCCCAAAUUUAAGAUGCCGGAGAUGCACAUCAAGACACACAAGAUCUCCAUGCCCGAUGUUGACUUGAAUCUAAAGGGCCCCAAGAUGAAGGGUGGUGUGGAUGUGUCUGUUCCCAAGCUGGAAGGUGACCUGAAGGGUCCCGAGCUGGACAUCAAAGGCCCCAAAGUUGACAUUGAGGCACCUGACGUGGACAUUCACGGCCCAGAAGGAAAAUUCAAAAUGCCCAAGUUCAAAAUGCCCAAGUUUGGGAUGCCGGGGCUGAAAGCAGAGGGCCCGGAGGUGGACGUGAACCUGCCGACAGGAAGCCUGGAUGUUUCUGGUCCAAAGGUGGACAUUGAAGGUCCAGAGCUGGACAUUGAAGGGCCAGAGGGAAAACUGAAAGGUCCCAAAUUUAAGAUGCCUGAGAUGCACAUCAAGGCACCCAAGAUCUCCAUGCCUGACAUUGACUUGAACCUGAAAGGCCCCAAAGUGAAGGGGGAUGUGGACGUGUCGGGUCCCAAGCUGGAAGGUGACCUGAAGGGCCCUGAAAUUGACAUCAAGGGUCCCAAAGUCGAUGUUGACCUUCCUGAUGUUGAGCUGGAAGGCCCUGAGGGGAAGCUGAAGGGGCCCAAGUUCAAGAUGCCCGAGAUGCACUUCAAGGCACCCAAGGUCUCCAUGCCCGACGUUGACUUCAAUCUGAAGGGCCCCAAGCUGAAGGGGGAUGUGGACGUGUCGGUUCCCAAGCUGGAAGGUGACCUGAAGGGUCCUGAGUUGGACAUCAAAGGCCCCAAAGUCGACAUUGAAGCACCAGACGUGGACGUUCAGGGCCCAGAAGGAAAAUUCAAAAUGCCCAAGUUCAAAAUGCCCAAGUUUGGGAUGCCGGGGCUGAAAGCAGAGGGCCCGGAGGUGGACGUGAACCUGCCGACAGGAAGCCUGGAUGUUUCUGGUCCAAAGGUGGACAUUGAAGGUCCGGAGGUGGACAUUGAAGGGCCAGAGGGAAAACUGAAGGGCCCCAAGUUCAAGAUGCCUGAGAUGCACAUCAAGACACCCAAGAUCUCCAUGCCUGACAUUGACUUGAACCUGAAAGGCCCCAAAGUGAAGGGGGAUGUGGACGUGUCGGGUCCCAAGCUGGAAGGUGACCUGAAGGGCCCUGAAAUUGACAUUAAAGGCCCCAAAGUCGAUGUUGACCUUCCUGAUGUUGAGCUGGAAGGCCCUGAGGGGAAGCUGAAGGGGCCCAAGUUCAAGAUGCCCGAGAUGCACUUCAAGGCGCCCAAGAUCUCCAUGCCCGACGUUGACUUCAAUCUGAAGGGCCCCAAGCUGAAGGGGGAUGUGGACGUGUCGGUUCCCAAGCUGGAAGGUGACCUGAAGGGUCCCGAGUUGGACAUCAAAGGCCCCAAAGUCGACAUUGAGGCACCUGAUAUGGACAUUCACGGCCCGGAAGGAAAAUUCAAAAUGCCCAAGUUCAAAAUGCCCAAGUUUGGGAUGCCGGGGCUGAAAGCAGAGGGCCCGGAGGUGGACGUGAACCUGCCGACAGGAAGCCUGGAUGUUUCUGGUCCAAAGGUGGACAUUGAAGGUCCAGAGCUGGACAUUGAAGGGCCAGAGGGAAAACUGAAAGGUCCCAAAUUUAAGAUGCCCGAGAUGCACAUCAAGACACCCAAGAUCUCCAUGCCUGACAUUGACUUGAACCUGAAAGGCCCCAAAGUGAAGGGGGAUGUGGACAUGUCAGUUCCCAAGCUGGAAGGUGACCUGAAGGGUCCCGAGCUGGACAUCAAAGGCCCCAAAGUCGACAUUGAGGCACCAGACGUGGACAUUCAUGGCCCGGAAGGAAAAUUCAAAAUGCCCAAGUUCAAAAUGCCCAAGUUUGGGAUGCCGGGGCUGAAAGGAGAAGGUCCAGAAGUUGAUGUGAAACUCCCAAAAGGGGAUGUUGAUGUUUCCGUCCCAAAGGUAGAUAUCGAGUUGCCAAGUGUGGACAUUGAGGGUCCUGAAGGAAAACUGAAAGGUCCCAAAUUUAAGAUGCCCGAGAUGCACAUCAAGGCACCCAAGAUCUCGAUGCCUGACAUUGACUUGAACCUGAAAGGUCCCAAAGUGAAGGGAGGUGCUGAUGUUUCUGUUCCAAAAUUAGAGGGUGACUUGAAAGGACCUGAUGUGAAUAUUAAAGGGCCAAAGUUGGAUGUUGAUGUUCCUGAUCUUGAUGUUGAAGGUCCUGAGGGAAAAUGGAAAGGACCCAAGAUAAAAAUGCCAGAUAUGCAUAUUAAGGCACCUAAAUUUUCUAUGCCUGAUGUAGACCUCAACUUGAAAGGUCCCAAAAUGAAGGGAGACAUGGAGGUUUCUGUACCAAAAAUAGAAGGUGAUGUGAAAGGGCCGGAUCUGGAACUUAAAGGGCCCAAAGUGGACAUAGAAGUUCCUGACAUUGACGUUGAAAGCCCAGAAGGAAAGCUAAAGGGUCCCAAGUUUAAGAUGCCCGACAUGCAUUUCAAAGCCCCCAAAAUCUCCAUGCCAGACUUUGAUCUCAACCUGAAAGGCCCUAAAGUGAAGGGGGAUGUGGACAUUUCUCUUCCAAAACUUGAAGGUGAUUUGAAAGGCCCAGACAUUGACAUCAAAGGCCCAAAACUGGAUGUUAAUGUUCCUGAUGUUGACCUAGAAUGUCCAGAAGCAAAGGUUAAAGGCCCCAAGUUCAAGAUGCCGGAGAUGCACUUCAAGACACCCAAAAUCUCCAUGCCCGACAUCGAUUUGAAUCUGAAAGGUCCUAAGCUGAAGGGAGACGUGGAUGUUUCUGCCCCCAAGCUAGAGGGUGACUUAAAAGGCCCAGAUAUGGAUAUCAAAGGCCCUAAAUUGGAUAUACAAGCUCCUGAUGUGGAUAUUGAGGUCCCUGAGGGGAAGUUAAGGGGCCCCAAAUUUAAGAUGCCUGAGAUGCAUUUUAAGGCUCCCAAGAUCUCCAUGCCGGACUUUGACCUGAACCUGAAAGGCCCAAAAGGAAAAGGGGAUGUCGAUGUUUCCAUUCCCAAGCUGGAAGGUGACCUGAAAGGGCCUGAGGUUACAGUAAAAGCUCCAAAAGUGGACAUAGAAGCUCCAGAUGUUGAGCUAGAAUGUCCAGAAGGAAAGCUGAAGGGUCCCAAGUUUAAGAUGCCCGACAUGCAUUUCAAAGCCCCCAAAAUCUCCAUGCCAGACUUUGAUCUCAACCUGAAAGGCCCCAAAGUGAAGGGGGAUGUGGAUGUUUCUCUUCCAAAACUUGAAGGUGAUUUGAAAGGCCCAGACAUUGACAUCAAAGGCCCAAAACUGGAUGUUGACCUUCCUGAUGUUGAGUUGGAAGGUCCUGAAGGGAAGUUGAAGGGCCCCAAGUUCAAGAUGCCGGAGAUGCACAUCAAGGCACCCAAGAUCUCCAUGCCUGACAUUGACUUGAACCUGAAAGGCCCCAAAGUGAAGGGGGAUGUGGACGUGUCUGUUCCCAAGCUGGAAGGUGACCUGAAGGGCCCUGAAAUUGACAUCAAGGGUCCCAAAGUCGAUGUUGACCUUCCUGAUGUUGAGCUGGAAGGCCCUGAAGGGAAGCUGAAGGGCCCCAAGUUCAAGAUGCCCGAGAUGCACUUCAAGGCACCCAAGAUCUCCAUGCCCGACGUUGACUUCAAUCUGAAGGGCCCCAAGCUGAAGGGGGAUGUGGACGUGUCAGGUCCCAAGCUGGAAGGUGACCUGAAGGGCCCUGAAAUUGACAUUAAAGGCCCCAAAGUCGAUGUAGACCUUCCUGAUGUUGAGCUGGAAGGCCCUGAAGGGAAGCUGAAGGGCCCCAAGUUCAAGAUGCCUGAGAUGCACUUCAAGGCACCCAAGGUCUCCAUGCCUGACGUUGACUUCAAUCUGAAGGGCCCCAAGCUGAAAGGGGAUGUGGAUGUUUCUGUCCCUAAGCUGGAGGGUGACCUGAAGGGUCCCGAGGUGGACAUCAAAGGCCCCAAAGUCGACAUUGAGGCACCCGACGUGGACAUUCACGGCCCGGAAGGAAAAUUCAAAAUGCCCAAGUUCAAAAUGCCCAAGUUUGGGAUGCCUGGCUUCAAAGCAGAGGGCCCGGAGGUGGAUGUGAACCUGCCGACAGGAAGCCUGGAUGUUUCUGGUCCAAAGGUGGACAUUGAAGGUCCAGAGCUGGACAUUGAAGGGCCAGAGGGGAAACUGAAGGGCCCCAAGUUCAAGAUGCCUGAGAUGCACAUCAAGACACCCAAGAUCUCCAUGCCUGACAUUGACUUGAACCUGAAAGGCCCCAAAGUGAAGGGGGAUGUGGACGUGUCGGGUCCCAAGCUGGAAGGUGACCUGAAGGGCCCUGAAAUUGACAUUAAAGGCCCCAAAGUCGAUGUUGACCUUCCUGAUGUUGAGCUGGAAGGCCCUGAGGGGAAGCUGAAGGGGCCCAAGUUCAAGAUGCCAGAAAUGCACAUCAAGGCACCCAAGUUCUCCAUGCCCGACGUUGACUUCAAUCUGAAGGGCCCCAAGCUGAAGGGGGAUGUGGACGUGUCGGUUCCCAAGCUCGAGGGUGAACUGAAGGGUCCCGAGUUGGACAUCAAAGGCCCCAAGGUUGACAUUGAGGCACCUGACGUGGACAUUCACGGCCCAGAAGGAAAAUUCAAAAUGCCCAAGUUCAAAAUGCCCAAGUUUGGGAUGCCGGGGCUGAAAGCAGAGGGCCCGGAGGUGGACGUGAACCUGCCGACAGGAAGCCUGGAUGUUUCUGGUCCAAAGGUGGACAUUGAAGGUCCAGAGCUGGACAUUGAAGGGCCAGAGGGAAAACUGAAGGGCCCCAAGUUCAAGAUGCCUGAGAUGCACAUCAAGGCCCCCAAGAUCUCCAUGCCCGAUGUUGACUUCAAUCUGAAAGGCCCCAAAGUGAAGGGGGAUGUGGACGUGUCGGGUCCCAAGCUGGAAGGUGACCUGAAGGGCCCUGAAAUUGACAUUAAAGGCCCCAAAGUCGAUGUUGACCUUCCUGAUGUUGAGCUGGAAGGCCCUGAGGGGAAGCUGAAGGGCCCCAAGUUCAAGAUGCCCGAGAUGCACUUCAAGGCACCCAAGAUCUCCAUGCCCGACGUUGACUUCAAUCUGAAGGGCCCCAAGCUGAAGGGGGAUGUGGACGUGUCGGUCCCUAAGCUGGAAGGUGACCUGAAGGGUCCCGAGCUGGACAUCAAGGGCCCCAAAGUCGACAUUGAAGCACCAGACGUGGACAUUCAGGGCCCAGAAGGAAAAUUCAAAAUGCCCAAGUUCAAAAUGCCCAAGUUUGGGAUGCCGGGGCUGAAAGCAGAGGGCCCGGAGGUGGAUGUGAACCUGCCGACAGGAAGCCUGGAUGUUUCUGGUCCAAAGGUGGACAUUGAAGGUCCGGAGGUGGACAUUGAAGGGCCAGAGGGAAAACUGAAGGGCCCCAAGUUCAAGAUGCCUGAGAUGCACAUCAAGGCCCCCAAGAUCUCCAUGCCCGAUGUUGACUUCAAUCUGAAGGGCCCCAAAGUGAUGGGGGAUAUGGACAUUUCUCUUCCCAAGCUGGAAGGUGACUUGAAGGGCCCUGAGGUGGACAUCAAAGGCCCCAAAGUCGAUAUUGAGGCACCCGACGUGGACAUUCACGGCCCAGAAGGUAAAAUAAAAAUGCCCAAGUUCAAAAUGCCCAAGUUUGGGUUGAAAGGAGAAGGCCCAGACGUUGAUGUAAGCGUACCUGAAGCCGAUGUUGCUAUUUCAGGUCCAAAGGUUGAUGUUACUGUUCCUGAUCUGGACAUCGAAGGACCAGAAGGAAAACUUAAGGGCCCUAAAUUUAAGAAGCCUGAUAUGCAAUUCAAUGUUCCUAAAAUCUCCAUGCCAGAUAUUGACUUAAAUUUGAAAGGCCCCAAACUGAAAGCUGACGUUGAUCCUUCUGUUCCCAAAAUAGAGGGUGAGCUGAAAAGUCCUAAACUAGACAUCAAAGGGCCAGAACUUGAGCUCGAGGGACCGAAGCUUGAUCUAGAAGGAAAGACUAAAAAAUCCAGGUUUAAACUUCCAAAAUUUGGCUUUUCUAGUCCUAAAGUGCAAAGCCCUGAUGUGGAUGUGAAACUUAAAAAACCUGACAUUGAAAUAUCUGGUCCGAAAGUUGAUGUUCAUGCUCCAGAUGUGGAUGUACAGGCAAAAUCAAAAGGGUCAAAAUUUAAAAUGCCUUUCCUGAGUAUUUCAUCACCUAAAGUUUCAAUGCCAGACGUAGAGCUAAAUCUGAAGGGGCAUAAACUAAAAGGAGAUUUAGAUGUUUCCAGCCCCAAGUUGGAAGGGGAACUGAAAGGUCCCGAGGUGGACAUCAAGGGCCCCAAAGCUGACAUUGAGGCACCUGACGUGGACAUUCAUGGGCCAGAGGGUAAACUCAAAAUGCCAAAGUUCAAAAUGCCUAAAUUUGGUGUGUCUGGGUUUAAGGCUGAGGGGCCAGAGGUGGACGUUAGCAUCCCAAAAGGAGAGCUGGAUGUUUCAGGUCCCAAGCUGGAUAUCGAAGGUGGUGGUUUGGAAAUUGAAGGGCCAGAGGGGAAGCUCAAGGGCCCCCAAUUUAAGAUGCCAGAAGUGAACAUCAAGGCACCCAAGAUCUCCAUGCCUGACAUUGACCUGAACCUGAAAGGCCCCAAAGCAAAGGCAGAUGUGGACGUCUCUCUUCCCCAGGUGGAUCUGAAGGGCUCAGAUUUGCAUCUGAAAGGACCAAAAGUGGAUGUAGAGGUUCCUGAUCUUGACAUUGAAGGUCCCAAAGGAAAACUGAAAGGCCCCAAAUUUAAAAUGCCCGAAAUGAAUAUCAAGGCUCCCAAUAUUUCCAUGCCAGACUUUGAUUUGAAUUUGAAAGGCCCCAAGUCAAAAGGAGGUGUGGAUGUCGAUCUUUCGGUGCCAAAACUGGAAGGGGACUUGAAUGUGCCGGACAUUAAUAUCAAAGGACCAAAGGUUGACAUUGAUGCUCCUGAGCUGGAUGUUGAAGGGCCAGAAGGAAAACUGAAAGGUCCCAAGUUUAAAAUGCCAGAGAUGCACAUAAAAGCUCCCAAAAUUAAAAUGCCUGAUGCUAGCUUAAAUCUCAAAGGUCCCAAGCUGAAGGGUGAUAUAGAUGUUUCUGCUCCAAAGCUAGAAGGGGAUCUGAAGGCUCCUGACAUCAAUAUCGGAGGCCCCAAGGUUGACAUCGAUGUACCAGACGUGGACAUUCAUGGCCCAGAGGGUAAACUCAAAAUGCCCAAGUUCAAAAUGCCCAAGUUUGGGAUGCCUGGCUUCAAAGCAGAGGGCCCAGAGGUGGACGUGAACCUGCCGACAGGAAGCCUGGAUGUUUCUGGUCCAAAGGUGGACAUUGAAGGUCCGGAGGUGGACAUUGAAGGUCCGGAGGGAAAAUUGAAGGGCCCCAAGUUCAAGAUGCCUGAGAUGCACAUCAAGACACCCAAGAUCUCGAUGCCUGACAUUGACUUGAACCUGAAAGGUCCGAAAGUGAAGGGGGAUGUGGACAUGUCAGUUCCCAAGCUGGAAGGUGACCUGAAGGGUCCUGAACUGGAUAUAAAAGGACCGAAAGUAGACAUAGAUGUUCCUGAUGUGGAGAUUGAAGGACCAGAAGGAAAAUUGAAAGGCCCUAAAUUGAAGAUGCCAGAGAUGCAUUUUAAGGCUCCUAAAAUUUCUAUGCCAGACUUUGAUUUGAACCUGAAAGGCCCGAAAGUGAAGGGGGAUGUGGAUGUGUCUGUGCCGUGUGUGGAAGGUGACCUGAAAGGGCCAAAAGUUGAGGUUAAAGGUCCUGAGUUCGAUGUUAGUGCCCCAGAUGUUCAAAUUGAGGGCCCAGAAGGAAAGCUGAAGGGUCCCAAGUUUAAGAUGCCCGACAUGCAUUUCAAAGCCCCCAAAAUCUCCAUGCCAGACUUUGAUCUCAACCUGAAAGGCCCUAAAGUGAAGGGGGAUGUGGAUGUUUCUCUUCCAAAACUUGAAGGUGAUUUGAAAGGCCCAGACAUUGACAUCAAAGGCCCAAAACUGGAUGUUGACCUUCCUGAUGUUGAGUUGGAAGGUCCUGAAGGGAAGUUGAAGGGCCCCAAGUUCAAGAUGCCGGAGAUGCACAUCAAGGCACCCAAGAUCUCCAUGCCUGACAUUGACUUGAACCUGAAAGGCCCCAAAGUGAAGGGGGAUGUGGACGUGUCUGUUCCCAAGCUGGAAGGUGACCUGAAGGGCCCUGAAAUUGACAUCAAGGGUCCCAAAGUCGAUGUUGACCUUCCUGAUGUUGAGCUGGAAGGCCCUGAAGGGAAGCUGAAGGGCCCCAAGUUCAAGAUGCCCGAGAUGCACUUCAAGGCACCCAAGGUCUCCAUGCCCGACGUUGACUUCAAUCUGAAGGGCCCCAAGCUGAAGGGGGAUGUGGACGUGUCGGUUCCCAAGCUCGAGGGUGAACUGAAGGGUCCCGAGUUGGACAUCAAAGGCCCCAAAGUCGACAUUGAAGCACCAGACGUGGACAUUCAGGGCCCAGAAGGAAAAUUCAAAAUGCCCAAGUUCAAAAUGCCCAAGUUUGGGAUGCCGGGGCUGAAAGCAGAGGGCCCGGAGGUGGAUGUGAACCUGCCGACAGGAAGCCUGGAUGUUUCUGGUCCAAAGGUGGACAUUGAAGGUCCGGAGGUGGACAUUGAAGGGCCAGAGGGAAAACUGAAGGGCCCCAAAUUUAAGAUGCCCGAGAUGCACAUCAAGGCACCCAAGAUCUCCAUGCCUGACAUUGACUUGAACCUGAAAGGCCCCAAAGUGAAGGGGGAUGUGGACAUGUCAGUUCCCAAGCUGGAAGGUGACCUGAAGGGCCCUGAAAUUGACAUCAAGGGUCCCAAAGUCGAUGUUGACCUUCCUGAUGUUGAGCUGGAAGGCCCUGAGGGGAAGCUGAAGGGGCCCAAGUUCAAGAUGCCCGAGAUGCACUUCAAGGCACCCAAGAUCUCCAUGCCCGACGUUGACUUCAAUCUGAAAGGCCCCAAGCUGAAGGGGGAUGUGGAUGUUUCUGUCCCUAAGCUGGAAGGUGACCUGAAGGGUCCUGAGUUGGACAUCAAAGGCCCCAAAGUAGACAUUGAAGCACCUGAUGUGGACAUUCAGGGCCCAGAAGGAAAAUUCAAAAUGCCCAAGUUCAAAAUGCCCAAGUUUGGGAUGCCCGGGCUGAAAGCAGAGGGCCCGGAGGUGGAUGUGAACCUGCCGACAGGAAGCCUGGAUGUUUCUGGUCCAAAGGUGGAUAUUGAAGGUCCAGAGCUGGACAUUGAAGGUCCAGAGGGGAAGCUGAAGGGCCCUAAGUUCAAGAUGCCCGAGAUGCACAUCAAGGCUCCCAAAAUCUCCAUGCCAGAUUUCGAUCUGAACCUGAAAGGUCCCAAAGUUAAAGGAGACGGAGACAUGUCUGUAUCAGGUGUUGAAUGUGAACUGAAAGGUCCAGAGGUCAAUAUCGGUGCUCCUAAAUUAGACAUAGGUGCCCCUGAUGUUGAUAUUGACAGCCCUGAGGGUAAAUUCAAGCUGCCUAAAUUCAAAAUGCCCAAGUUUUCCAUGCCUGGCUUUAAAGGGGAGGGAGUGGAUGUGGAUGUGAACCUCCCAAAGGGAGACAUUAACAUUUCAGGCCCCAGCAUAAAUGUAGAAUCUCCUGAUCUGAAUGUGGAUGGAAAAGUCAAAGGUCCCAAAUUUACAAUGCCUGAAAUGCACAUUAAGGCUCCCAAGGUCUCCAUCCCUGAUGUUGACUUCAACAUCAAGGGGCCUCAGCUGAAAGGAGAUGUAGAUAUUUCUGGACCCAGGCUUGAAGGUGAUUUGAAAGCACCCCAAAUUGAUGUGAAAGCCCCCCAAAUAGACAUUGAGGCUCCCGAUGUGACCAUUGAAGGGCCAGAGGGGAAACUCAAAGGCCCCAAAUUCAAGAUGCCAGAAAUGCACAUCAAGGCGCCCAAGUUCUCUAUGCCUGAGGUUGACUUUAAUCUGAAAGGCCCCAAGCUGAAGGGAGACGUGGAUAUCCCGGCACCGAAGUUGGAAGGCGAUCUGCAGUGUCCAGAUGUUGACAUUAAAGGCCCCAAGUUGAACAUUCAGGCACCUGAUGUGAACAUCGAAGGACCCGAUGGCAAACUGAAAGGGCCCAGGAUCAAGAUGCCAGAAAUGCACGUCAAGACCCCCCAGAUCUCCAUGCCAGACAUCGACUUGAACCUAAAGGGACUGAGGCUGAAAGGUGAUGCUGACCUUCAGGGCCCAAAGCUCGAGGGAGGUCUGAAGGGUCCUGAAGUUGAUAUUAAGGGCCCCAAAGUAGAUAUCGAGGGCCCAGAGGUUGAUGUUGAUGGUCUGGAGGGAAAAAUGAAGCUGCCUAAAAUGAAGCUGCCCAAGUUUGGCUUUAAAGGAGAAGGUCCUGACGUGGAUGUGAACCUGCCAAAGACAGAGGUCGAUCUUUCAGGCCCCAAGGUAGAUAUCAGUGUCCCGGAUGUGAGCAUUGAAGGUCCAGAGGGCAAACUGAAAGGUCCUAAACUGAAGAUGCCAGAAAUGCACAUGAAUGUUCCUAAAAUCUCAAUGCCUGAGAUAGACUUGAAUUUGAAAGGCCACAAAACGAAGGGAGGCUUUGACAUUUCAGCCCCAAAGAUAGAAGGUAACCUGAAAGGUCCUGAAGUAGAUAUCAAAGGCCCAGAAUUUGGAGUCAAAAGCCCUGAAGUUGACGUCGAAUGUCCUGACUUGAAUAUUGAAGGCCCAGAGGCAAAUGUCAAAUUUCCCAAGUUUAAGAAGUCAAAGUUUGGGUUUGGGAUGAAAGGCCCGAAGGCAGAAAUCAAGGUCCCGGGGGCAGAAGUGGAUUUACCUGAGGCGGAGCUGAAUGUGGAGUCGCCUGAUGUCAAUGUUGCUGGAAAGGGUAAGAAGAGCAAGUUCAAAAUGCCCAAACUUCACAUGAGUGGCCCUAAAGUUAAAGGAAAGAAAGGUGGGUUCGAUGUGAAUGUGGCUGGUGGAGAGCUCGAUGCGAAUUUGAAAUCUCCCGAUCUGGAUAUGAACGUAGCUGGUCCGGACGUGACGAUAAAAGGUGAUGCGACGGUGAAGUCCCCCAAAGGGAAGAAACCUAUGUUUGGGAAAAUCUCCUUCCCAGAUGUUGAAUUUGAUCUUAAAUCGCACAGAUUCAGAGGGGAUGCUUCUGUGGCAGUCCCAAAAAUAGAGGGGGAACUUAAAGCGCCUGAUCUAGAAGUCUCUGUGCCAACUGCCAAAGGUGACGUGAAAGGCCCAAGUCUCAAUGUGGACGUUGAAGCUUCUGACGUGAGCCUGAAGAAACCAAAGUUCAAAUUUCCCAGUGGGCAGGUGGGCGUAGGGGACUUGAAAAUUGAGGGCGACCUGAAAGGACCCGCCAUUGACAUUGCCGUUCCCUCGAUCCCAGUGCCCGAUGUCGACUUAAAUGUGAAAGGACCAAAAGUCAAAGGUGAAGUCAGCAUGCCUGGAACAGAACUGGAAGGUCCUGAAGGAAAGCUGAAAUUGCCCAAGGGGGGGAAAAUGGGUGUCGGUCUGGAAAUGCCAGAUGCAAACUUGGAUCUCUCGGUCCCAGCUGUGGAAGGAAGCGUGAGCCUCCCUUCAGCUGAUGUGAACCUCCAAGGUGUUGAUGUAAAGCUCAAAGGGCCCCAAAUCUCUGGACCCGAUUUUGAUGGAAGCCUGAAAGGACCAAAAAUAAAGGGAGAUCUGGAUGUUUCGAGUUCUGUGGAAGGGCCAAAUGUCAGCCUGGAUGCGCCAGGUGUUGACAUCGGAGGCUUGGGAGGAAAGCUGAAGCUGCCAAAGUUUAAAUCCCCCGCUCUGGGGGCACCUGACCUGACCGUGAAAGGAGGCGUCGACUGCUCCGUCCCACAAAUGGAGGUGGAUGCAAAAGCCCCGGAUGCGAAUCUCAGUCUCGGCAUCCCAGGCCUUGAUAUCAAAGGGCCCUCAGUGGACGUUUCUGCCCCGGAUUUGGAUGUAAACCUGAGAGGACCAAAGCUGAAAGGAGAUCUUGACACUUCUGCUGGCAUUAAAUCCCCCAAAGCAGCAGCAGACACGUCUGAUGUCGGCUUUGAAAUUCUGGGUGGCACGAUCAAGCUCCCGUCCCUCAAGCUCCCCCAGUUUGGUAUUUCCAGUCCUGGUGUGGAUGGAAGUGAUGUAGGCGUCAGUCUUGAAGGUCCCCAAGUGAAAGGAGGCCUGAAGGGUUCAGGGGCUGGUGUUGGGUUGGAAGGACCUGACGUGGAAUUGAAAGGGCCGAAAUUUCAAAUGCAGUCACCCAGUGUUUCCUUGCCGGACGUUGACCUGAAGCUGAAAGGACCAAACCUACGGGGCGGUGUAGAUGUUGCCGGUGAAAUCAAAGGUCCAAAAGUCAGCGUAGAAGCACCUCGUGUUGAUAUUAAGGAGCCUGGAGCGGGCAUCCACCUCGACGCUCCUGCCUUGGACGCAUCUGCGCUGAAAGUUUGCGGGUCAGGUUUUAACAUCAACGUAAAAGGGCCGAAGAUCAAAGGUGGUGCCACCAUUUCUGGAGAGCCGGCAGCACCAGCUGUGAGUGCCGGUGGGGGAGCUUUUCACAUUACUGGCCCGAAGGUAGGAAUCGGAGCUCCCAGCGUCACCACGAGUGUCCUGCAAGGUAGCCCAGAAAGCAGCCUGGGAAAAGUAUCAUUCCCCAAGCUGCGAAUGCCUAAAUUCGUGUUUUCAGACCCUGAGGUAAAGGGCAGAGAGAUGGGAGUCGAUGUCGAGUUCCCCGGGGCGGAUGCUAACCUCCAGGCUGGCGCUGCAGAGCUCGAGUUGGAGGACGCGGAUGCCAGACUAAAGAAAUCCAAAAUCAAAAUGCCCAAGUUCAAUUUUUCCAAGCAGAAGGGAAAAAGCAGCGGCGCCCUGGGCUCCCCGGAGGUUUCCGGGUCCGUUUCGGGAUCGAAAGGUGACCUGAAGAGCUCCAAGGUCAGCUUGGGGUCCGCAGAAGGCGAGCUCGAUGGGGGAGAGGGUCCAUCGGCGAAAGGGAAGUUCUCCCUCUUUAAAAGCAAGAAGACGCGUCACCGGUCGUCAUCCUUCAGCGAUGAGCGCUCUUCCCACUCGACGCCCACAGGAACCCUGGAGCUGGACAUCGGCUCGGGUGCCGACAAGGGGAAACAGGGCAAAAUGAAAUUCGGGACGUUUGGGGGGAUCGGCUCAAAAACUAAAGGUUCUUACGAGGUGACGGGAAGCGACGAGGAGCUGGGGAAAGCGCAGGGCAGCGGGGUAUCGCUAGCAUCCAAAAAAUCCCGCUUGUCUUCCUCCUCCAGCAACGACAGCGGGACAAAGGGCGGCUUCCGCAUGCCCGGGGUGGAGCUGACGGUGGCCAAGAAGAAAGAGUAGGGCGGCUGUACAUAGGUGCCUGUGUAUAUAGGUAGCCCUUCCCGGGUUUGUAUAUACAUUUUGUAGCUUGGGCUACUUCCAACCUCAGCAAGCAAGCGAGCGGGGUCCGGUGGGAAGCGUCGCGGUGGGCGCCAAGGGGGGGGCGGGUUGCGGCGGGUCCACAGUUGGGUCCGGCCACGUGGAAGCUUCUCCGCGCUUGAGACGGCAGCUUGUGCAUGAAAUGCUGAGAGCUUAAGUUUACUAGCAAGCUAUUUUUGAUAUUUUUUUUUUUUCCCCAUUUUACUGAAUAUUUUCAGUGUUUGGUUCGUGGAAACGAGGUUUGGUUUUGUUGUUUCUUUUUUUUCCCCUCCAUCUUAACAGUCUUUUUUUGGCUUUUAGUUGUGGGGCUGAAACUUCUGUCAGACAAAUAGAUCUAUUAAAAAAAAAAAACCAAACAAAAAAAACAAACAAACAACAAACCACCACCCUGUAAAACGCAGCUGUAACCGAGACGCGUCCAUUGAACUCCUGCUACGGGGUUGGAAAAAAUAAUCCGAGUGUUUCCCGUGGUUUGGUUGCGUAAGGGCAUGAUAUCAAAUAACCUCCGGCGGUGUGCGGCGGGAGGGAAAGGACGGUUAACGAGCAAGUAGCCGGCCCGUUUGUGCAGGAAAUGUCUCGAAAGGUUUUGCGUAUUGCCACUAAGUGACCGAGCUUGAUUUUAUUUUAUUUUUUUUAUUUUUAUUCAUGUGUUCUUUGUUGCCUCUACACAUUUGUUACAUUAUUUGUAUUAUAAGAGAAAAGAAAAAAAAAAAUUUGUCUCAGUUGCGGCCUGAAACCUCGCAAUGGCCGCUUUUCCGGCGUUUGGUAUAAUUUUUGUUAACGAGUAUAUCUUGUGUUUCAAAAAAAAAAAAAACAACCAGCAAACCAAAAAAAAAAAAAAAAAGCAAAACCCCUUUCAGCACUUUAAUGGCAAAUUAACUGAGAAUGUAAGAAGAAUGAUCUUGUAAAAUGCAAAUAAAAAGUUUAUUAACCGUGA